AUGAAUGCUUCAUUAACUCACCAAUUUAAUUUUGGAUUAUGUUUNGUUGAUCUUAUACUUACUGCUGGAUUAAAAGGAGAUAUAGAAAUGUUAGAACUUAUAUUUCAUGGAGGAAUUAAGAAUCUUAAUGACUUUGUGAAUGUUGAUAACAGAAAUAUAGGCCAUAUGGCUGUUAUGGUAAUGAAUUCAAAAAUUAUCCGAUUUUUGAGAUUUACUGCCAAAUUUAAUUUUAGCGAAAGAGAUCGAUGGGGUAACACACCCUACGAAAACGCUAUUGAAAUUAAAAGUAAAAAAAUAAAAGUUCAAAAACUCAAUGAUGUAGCAAUUGAAGAAAUCAUCGAAAUGUUACAAUCUAUUGGGAAUGAUUGA